AACUGUCAAAAUCCAGUUAUCAAGUGGUGCUUUUCAGUGAUUGUUUAUAUUGUUUGCUAAUCAAAUUUCGCGAAAAUUAGAUACACAAAAAUACGAUUUUAGUUUGUAAUCACCGAAAACCCAUUGACGAGUGCACAUAGAAUUAGAAUAAAAAUGCGUCGAAUUAUUCUUUUAUUUUUCGUGGCAUUAAGUCCGAUUCUCAGUUUACCUGUAACAAAGACUACAAAGAAGCCUGUCGAAGAAACAGGAGACUUAGAGCAUAAUCUUGAAUACGAGCGAUAUUUGAAAGAAAUUGUGGAAGCUCUAGAGUCAGAUCCGGAGUUUCGUCAAAAAUUGAACAAUGCUUCGGAAGACGACAUUCGAAGUGGUAAUAUUGCUCACGAACUGGAAUAUGUCAACCAUCAAGUAAGAACCAGAUUGGAUGAAAUAAAACGUGAAGAAAUGGAGCGUUUGAGACAGCUAAUUAACAAACAAUAUCAAUUGAAUAACCAAAUCGAUGAAGAGCACUUGAAGGUGUCGUCUUUAGCUCAUGUUGAUCAUGAAAAUAUGCACACUUUUGAGAUAAAGGAUUUGCAGAAAUUGAUAACGAAAUUGUCGGAAGAUUUGAAUGCAGCUGACAAAAAACGGCGGGAGGAAUUCAAACAAUACGAACUCGAAAAGGAGUUUGAGAAACAAGAAAAACUUCGAGGCUAUGGAGACGACAGUCGUGCCGAACACGAAGCAGAAUUAAAAAAGCUUGAACAAAAGCAUAAUGAACAUCCAAAGGUCCAUCAUCCUGGCAACAAAGCCCAGUUGGAAGAGGUUUGGGAAGAACAAGAUCAUAUGGAGGGAAUGGAUUUUGAUCCGCAGACAUUUUUCAUGAUGCACGACAUUGACAGCAACGGUGUAUGGGAUCAAAAUGAAGUGAAGGCACUGUUUGUGAAGGAAUUGGACAAAGUUUACCAACAAGGCCUACCGGAGGAUGAUAUGAGAGAACGAGCAGAAGAGAUGGAGCGAAUGCGCGAACAUGUAUUCACUGAAGCAGAUAGAAACAGAGACGGCGUGAUCGAUUAUCAAGAAUUUAUUGAUCAAACGAAAAAGGAUGAGUUUCAGCGUGACCCCGGCUGGGAUACUGUCGAUACGGAAAAGGUUUACACUCACGACGAAUAUCUUGAGUUUGAACGAAGACGACAGGAAGAAAUUAAUCGAAUGAUGGCCGAACAUCCGGAAAAGUACCCAAAUUAUCAUCAGGACCCACACCAUCAGCAAAACUAUAAUCAACAUCUCGAUCAGCAACAUGUGAACCAACAACAACAGUAUCAAAAUCAACAACAAAAUCAGAACCAACAAUUCCAACAACAAAAUCAAAUUCCACAACAACAGUACCAAAACCAACAGCAGCAAGUUAAUCAGGUACCACAGCAAAAUAACAAUCAACAACAAUUCCAACAGCCGCCUCCACAGCAGCAGCAACAGCAACAGCAGCAUCAACAGCAGCAACAGCAUCACCAGCAACAACAACAACCAAACCAGCCUUCUCAAGAACAGCCGACACAACAGAAACCACUUUCACAGUCAUCCAAUUCAAACCAAAUCGAUUCGAAUCAGGCGAAUUCAAAGGUUCAAAAUUCCGUUGAACAAAAGCCAAUUCAACACGGACAACCGCAAGUGAUACAGCAGCAUUAAAUAUUACGAUGGCAAAAUUCCAUUUUCGAUAAAUUUCGUCGUGCCAAAUAAUCAAUUGACAAAUCGCACAUCAUAAUUUACCCAUUUGAAUUUCAGAAACUUUCGUUACUUAAAAAUGUAGUUUUUAUACCGAUAUCAUGUGACCAUCAGUAUCAAAUCUGUAAUACAUUCAUUUCCGGAA